AUGUCUGACUUUGAUAUAUGUGACAUCAAAGUGCCGAAUGUCAUCGACAAUGAUGACUGUGUCUAUUGCUUUGAGACUAUGAAGAAUAAGAAUACGGACACUGACCACGCAUUGAUCAUUUGUUUAACUUGUUUCCAAUGCUUCUGCAUCGACCAUUGGGAGUUUCACCAACAGGUUGUUGUUAAUGAAACACAGACCACUCAUGACUUAUACUUGAAGGUGUCCAAGUAUUUAAAGCCACAAAGGAAUGAUGAGGAAGCUAGUACGCCACCUUCAGAGAAGAAGAUGAAGCUUGAGAUUAAAGACGUUAACGAAGAUGAUCUAUACGAUACUCACUGGACAGUUGGCUCUCUUGAGCGUGGAGAAAUGUUAUCUUCAGAUACUCUGGAGGUGCCUCAGGACUGGCUGAACAAAGUCAAUGAAAUCUUGAAUGCAAAAUCGUCAUCCUACCAAGAUAUGUCAAACACAUGGACUCUAGAGCUCAAACCUUGCCAGCACAUUGACAAUUUUGACCUUUCGAAAUGUACCCCUCCACCAUCCACCCUUUCGCAAUGCUGUAGUGACUGCGGUCUCAGCUCAAAUCUAUGGCUAUGUUUACACUGUGGGAAUGUUGGAUGUGGUAGAGAACAAGUAGGGAUUCAAGGAAACUCACAUGCAUUGAAACAUUAUGAAAGUGCUAGAGACCACUCACUUGCCGUAAAAUUAGGGUCUCUCACAAGAGAUACGGCAGACAUAUACUGUUAUUCAUGUGAUGAAGACGUCAAAUUUGUCAACCAGCAACAGUGGAAUGAAAUUUUAGAGUUUUGGAAGGUGGAAGUGCCAGAAAAGUCUAAGGAAAAGACUUUAGUCGAGCUCCAAGUAGAGCAGAGCUUAAAAUGGGACUUCCAAAUGGUGGAUUCGUCGGGCAAAAGUCUAAAACAUUUGAAAUGUGGUCCUGAAUAUGGUUUAGGAUUGCUAAAUCUUGGGAACUCGUGCUACAUGAAUUCAAUCUUGCAAGUAUUGCUCAACGGAGGAGUAAAGCAUUGGAACCUUUCAGAAUUGGGUUCCUUCCCAGAUGAUGUUAUUUACCCAAGAAAUAACUUAAUCUGUCAAUUGAUCAAAAUUCGCGAUGCUAUGACCACGUUCCAAUCAAAAUAUCCUGAUGGGGUGAAACCAACCAGUUUCAAGAAAGUUAUCGGUGGAUCUCACGAGGAAUUUUCCUCUGGAAGACAGCAGGAUUCAUUAGAAUUCUUCACCUACAUGACUGAUAAGUUGGAUAAAGAGGUUUUCAAAAAGAGGGACUCGAACCCAAACGACCUUUUCAGGUGUCGUAUGCAGGAUAAGAUUAAAUGCAGCGAUUGUAACAAAGUGAAGUUCAUGGACCAAGUUGCUGAAGUAAUUCAACUCCCGUUGCAAAGGUCUGAAGAGCCACAACAACUUAUCGACAGAAUUCGUGACUAUUUCAGUGGUGAGACUAUCGAAUAUCGCUGCCCAACCACAAAAGAACUUACGACCGCUGUCAAGGUCCCAGGAUUCUCUACUUUUCCGCAUACUCUAGUGGUAAAUCCAAUAAGAAUUGAAUUGAUCAAUUGGCAACCAAGUAAAACUUCAGAUCAGGUAUUCGUUCCGGGGGUACGUGAUGCUGAGUUGUUAGACAUGACCCCAUUCAAAGCUGAAGGUUUGCUCGAAACAGAGGAAGAGCUUAAGGAGGAGGAUGACAAUGCCGAAGAAGUUCAAUUCAACGAAGUAUUCCUAUCGCAGUUAAAGGAAAUGGGCUUUUCGGAAAACGCUUCCAAGAGAGCGUUACAUGCAACCGGGAACUCAAAUGCAAACGAUGCCAUGGAAUGGCUCUUCCAGCACAUGGACGAUGCCGAUCUCAAUUCAGAUUUCAAGCCACCAAAAACCCAAAAUAAAGGCCCUAACGUGGACCAAGACGCUUUGAGUAACAUGGUCAACAUGGGACUCGAUCCAAAGCUAUGCAGAAAAGCUCUCGUCUUGAAUAACAAUGACGUAAACUCCAGUGUAGAAUGGGUUUUCUCUCAUAUGGAUGAUGAUGGAGAACUACCAGAAACAGAAGGCUCUUCUAAUGACGAUAAGAACCCCAUCGCUAAAACUUACGGAGUUGAAGCCAAAAAUAUCGCGGCCGCAAAAUACAAGCUAUCAGCAGUUGUAUGCCACAAGGGAAAUUCCGUCCAUAGCGGCCAUUACGUUGCAUUUAUCAAAAAAAUCGUUGACGGAAAGGAACAAUGGGUUCUAUAUAACGAUGAAAAGAUCAUCCUUGCUAAUGACGUGACCAACUUCGAAGAGAUCGAGAAGAAUGGCUACAUGUACUUCUUCACCCUAUUGGAAUGA